CCGGACGUUUUGUCAACGAAAGCCGCCAUCAUUGCCGCUUGAAAAGGGGCAUUGUUUAUAUUUUUUUAAUCGGCUGUCAUCUAAGCAAUCAAGAUGACUAUCGGCAAGAGUUCCAAGAUGUUACAGCACAUCAACUACAGAAUGCGCUGUACCCUGCAGGAUGGACGUGUCUUUGUUGGCACAUUCAAGGCCUUCGAUAAACACAUGAACCUCAUCCUAGGAGACUGUGAUGAGUUCCGUAGGGUUCGACCAAAGAGCAGCAAGCAGGGGGAGAGAGAGGAGAAACGAGUGUUAGGUUUGGUGCUACUGAGGGGAGAGAAUUUAGUGUCAAUGACGGUAGAAGGACCCCCGUCCAGUGAGGAGGGUAUGCCCCGUGUGCCGGCUGCAGGAGCAGGCCCCGGCCCCGGGAUGGGACGUGCUGUUGGCCGUGGUAUGGGAGGAGGACCAGGUGGUGCUGCCCCCGGUCUCCAGGGUCCCGUGCGAGGUGUAGGUGGACCUUCAUCAUCAAUGAUGGCGCCUGGAGGAAGAGGAACUGCUGCUUCUGCACCCCCUCGACCUUCAGGAUCAGGUGGUAGAAUGGGAGGUGGUGGUAUGGGCAGAGGCGGUCCACCACCCAUGAUGGGACCCCCACCUGGUAUGAUGGGAGGACAGAUGGCUGGCCGAGGAGGACCACCACCUGGUAUGCGAGGACCGCCACCAAUGAUGAGAGGCAUGCCUCCACGACAGUAACAGGACUUGACUUGACAGCGUAGGACUGUUUGAUUAAUGAAUAACUGCCAUGUGUUCAAGUGUUAUCAAAGUAGUGGAAGUGUCAGGCAGGACACAUUGUGAGAAGCUUUUGAAUAACAAUUCUAAAGGAUUAGAAAUUAUGGAUUCUGAAAUGCAAAGGCCGUGGUGUUUUAAAAGUGAGAACAGUGGAUGUGAAACUUCUGCUUUCCUUUAUUUUCGGUCUAAUCAUGUGUCGGACCUCCUUUUAAAAGACAUUUGUAAAUAUUAUCAUCUCAUUUCUUAUGGUUUUGUAAUAAAUGUCCAUAUUUAAAACUGAAUAA